AUGCAAUCAACCGACGUUACUGCAGAUUAUCCGACAGAGAACAAGAAGAAAACUAAUGCUGCUGCCAACAGCAAACGAUUGAAAAUCACUCGAGCAUGCGAUGAAUGUCGGAAACGAAAGGUUAAAUGCGACGGUGUUCAACCGUGUGGUCGUUGUCGUAAAUCCGAUGCCGACUGUGUAUUCGCUAAACAGCCCCCCAAGCGAGGUUUACCCCGCCAAUAUAUGGAGCUUUUGGAAGCACGACUUCAGCUAGUCGAACGAGCUUUACGGACCAUUGACGGUCCCGCUCGACGCAUACUCGACGAUGCACUCACUUUGAACCCUCAACGAUUCCAAGAUACCAAUACCACCAAUGAUGAUACCACGGAUACCACCAUCCAAGAAGAUAACCGAUCGCGAGGAGUGUCGAGUGCGGCUCCUUGUUACCGUGCUGAAGAUCGGUUUCUGGUGAAUGAAAUCGGCCAGGCACUGUAUGUACAUGAUUACCAAGGCAGGGUCGAUCGUAUACCCAGUAUGGAAGAUUUGAACGGUUCGGCAGUAUCGGAAUCAAGCAGAUAUUCUUCCACCGCUGCCGAAUUAUCCGAAGCUGCUGCCACUGCCACGGCUUCGUUGUCCUCGCUUCCCAUGGUUAAAGAACCCGACACGAAGAAAAUGGAAUCGGCAGGAUUUCCCGGUGAAAUCCCUCCCGCUUUAUUGGAAGCUUACUUUGUCCAUGUCCAUAAAUAUGCACCCAUGAUUCACAAACCGUCUUUUGAUCCUCAGAUUACCCUCCGUUACGAUCCACCUUCCAAGCUUUUGCUCUAUGCCAUGUGUGCCGUCGCUUCACGUUGGGUGGCGGAUCCAUCGCAGCACGCGCCACCGAUGCCUCCGGGAUUCCCUUUUUAUCAGCGCGCAUUUGCCUUGAUUGACGAGUACCUGGAUGUGCCCCGCGUCUCCACCAUUCAAGCCCUCGUGCUACUCACCAAAUAUCAGGAGCAUUACCGACGUCUCGGAUUCUUUAAUCGAUCUGGCCUGUUUCUGAGUAUUGCGGUUAGAAUGUGCAAUGACCUGGGAUUAUCGAGAUUGGACACCAUGCACGAAGGCAUGUCCAUAUCUGAAUGGGAAACAAGGAAACGUACCUUUUGGAUGACUUUUAUGUACGACAUACUUACCAGCAUUGAACAAGGGAGAGAACCGUAUUUUGGAUCGGUCGAAUGCACGACGGAGUUACCUCAAGUGACCAACGAUGAAAAGGGAUCACUCGAAGAGACGGUGGUUCAAUACAACAGUAUGUUCCAGCUGUGCAAAAUCCUUUCGUCCAUUUAUCACAUGUCUCGUCGAGUCGCAGGGCGGCAACAAGUGCAAGCGAACACACGCACGGUACGACAAGUCGUCGAAGAGCAAGGGCGACUGUUCGUUUUACAUACCCACUUGGAAAAUUUGCUUCACGAAUUACCUCCUGGACUGACUUAUGUACCGACCCAAGACAUGGAGACGUACCCUGCCGAGAAACAUCCCAUCACCGAUGCGUUUGUCGGUUUUUUCCACAUGACGUACAAUUUCAGUGUGAUUUUGUUGCACCGUCACUAUGUACUGCAUCCGUUCCCGGACACCGAAUUCAACUUGCAAUCUUAUGAACACCGAUCGUUGUGUGCGGCGGCCGCGAGCAAUAUCACGAACAUCACCGAAAGUCUGAUGGAAAAAAAAUCGAGGGAUGUGUUUAGUUAUUCAACACGAGGUAUCCAGCACGCCAUCCACUGUGUGGCCAUGGCCGCUACCAUUCACCGGUUCGAAAUGACCACAUGUGGGGAAGGUGGAACCAACGAAAAAGCGAAACAACAGUACUUGAAAUCGCUCCAUCUGUUGAAUCGUCUGGCCGUGGAUUCGCCGGCGAUUGAGCUCCAUUCCCACAUCAAGGAAGCCGAACUGACUCAAUUGUAUGGUCAGUUGGCCGUCGACACGUCGUCCCAGCAACCGACUGGAACCAUGGCCUCACAUGCAUCGUCGUCGUCACCCUGGUACCCUCCCGUAGCCACGCCUACCGCGUCCAUUGCUUCCUCCUCGCCUUCUACGUCUCACAUCAAUCAGAGCAACCCUUCGUCCACUUCAUCAUCGCCGGUGUUAUCCGCCUCCGUGGACAUGCCACGAUCGACACGAGCUAUCAAAAUGCCGAAAACCCGUCGACAUACCAUGACCGGUCCCACAUCGACCAAUAUCAUGAUGAUGGCCGCCGCCACCAAUCCUUCCACCUCGUCAAGGUCGGCUUCGCAACAACCUGCCCUGCCAUUUACGCUUGAUGUGCCGCCGGUGAAUCAAGCCAAUCUAUUUAGCUCUAGUGCGUCACUGACCGACCCGGCACGAUUUGCUUCGCUCAUGAUGCAUGAACAACAGCAGCAGCAACGAUUGCCGCUUUACAAUCAUCAUCAACAGCCACUGAUUACGCCGCCCACGUAUCCUGGGGCGGUGAAUCAGCAUGCUUAUUUAAGACGGAAACCGCGAGGAUUAAACCAUCACAUCUCUUACUCGGUCGAGGAUUUACGGGCGCGACGACGAGCGGAUAUGGCUAAGCCUUCGUCGAUCCACAGUACGUGGCCGCCUCUGUCUGGAUCCGCGCACCCGCCAUCGUCGUCAUCAUCGAAUAAUAUGUAUGUGUCUCCACACGUGGUGUACGGGCAACCGGCGUCGUCACAUCAUGCGCCCUUCCCAACUCAGGAGCCCAAAGUGCCCCGUUUGAGACAUCAUCGAUCGAUGAUGAUGAUGCCACGGCAUCAUCACAGUCACUCCCAUCAACUGUCACCUUCAGGAUUCGUGGCCCACGCCGGCGCUCCCAUCUCCUCGCCGCUCACGCUGGAUGCCAGUUUGGAUUCACCACAAGAACCAUCCCAACCACCACCCCACCACCAAUUGGUCCGAGCCACAUCGCAAGUAUCACUUCAAGACCAGCAAUCACUACAGCAGUCACCUUAUGCAUUAGCAUCGAAUCAUCCUAGACGACACAGUAUUUCUCUUCCUGAUAACUCCUUUCCUUUCCAACCCCCGACCGCGCCCGUGUCUCACAAUCCCUGUGACAUGUUGGCCGACAGUCAACCGUGUGUGGAUACCAGCAAACUGAACAGUGGUUCAGCUCACCCUGCGGAAGACCAAAUGAUGCUUGAUCCGCCCUUGGGAACCGACGACGAAGCGAUGAAUCACUUUUUACUAUCUAGCGGUCACUGGUCGUCUUUUCUCAACACCUCUUCUUUUGAAGAUAUGCAACGCACAGACCAUGUUAUGCAAUACAGUUAA